AUGGUCGAUAAUCUUCCAAGCGGCCAUCCUGAGCACGAAAAGAACAAAGAUACCCCUGGGUAUAUCUUUAAUCUCUCCCUCCCCCCAUCUCCGUCGCCGCCUCCCCCUCCACCCAGCCACCGCCUCACCCGGUACAAUUUGCGCCUUCUGGAGGAACAAUUCAACGCAAUUGACAUUGGGUACGAAGUUAGACCCAUACCCAAGAUGUCGCGCCUCGAGGAUCCAACCGGCGAGUAUGCCUUCCUUGCGAAGCUCAUUCGGCGCAUGGAUCGACAUCUCAUUUUCCCCUUACUUGAACACAAGCUCGGGUCCGAAGACAUCUCACAACAGCGUUACGACGACCUCAAACAGGCCAUCUUCAACCUCCUCAGUGACACCAACAUGAUCGACUACGUGGGCAAUCUCUACAAGGAAAUCCACAAGUCAGAGUCGACCCCUGCGGACUUUGCGAAGAAGAGAGAGGAAGUGUUGAACCAACUUGCAAAAUUCGAAGAGGAAUCCGCACACCUGACCAACCUGCUGAACGAUGAAUCAGUCACUUCACAACUUCGCAGCGACAAGGUCGCCAAUUUGAAGUUCCUCGAAGAACAACACGGAGUCACGCAGCAGAUGGUGGACAACCUCUAUGACUUCGGCAGAUUUCGCUAUCAGUGUGGCCUUUAUCCCGAAGCCGCUGACUUGCUCUACCGCUUCCGCGUCCUGUCCACUGACAAUGAAAAAGUGGUCAAAGCCACCUGGGGCAAGCUUGUCUGCGAAAUUCUGGGUGAAGAAUGGGAGAACGCACUUGAAGAAGUGGAAAAGGUCAAGGAACAUAUUGAGACUCGUCUGUUCAACAAUCCUCGAGCUCAACUCACGGCCCGUGAAGCCCUGGUUCACUACGCCCUCUUCCCGUUCUUCAACUAUGAGCCCGCUCGUGAAAAGUUGACGGAAAUGUACUUCUCCCCGCCAUACAUCUCUUCCAUCCAAACCGUUUGUCCCUGGAUUCUCCGUUACCUUGCGGCCGCAGUCAUCACCAACCGCACCCGCAUGAACAAUUCGCACAACUACCAGAAACAACUCAAGGAUCUCGUCAGAGUCGUCAAACAAGAAGUCUAUGAAUAUCAAGACCCCGUGACGGAAUUUGUCAAGGCUCUCUACGUCGAUUUCGACUUUGAAGAGGCACAGAAGAAGUUGUCUGAAGCUGAGGCAAUUUUGAGAGGGGAUUUCUUCCUGGGAAGUUCAACUGACGCUUUUAUGGAGAGUGCCAGACACCUCAUCUCGGAAAGUUAUUGCAAGAUCCAUCAGAGAAUUGAUAUCAAGGAUCUCUCCACCCGUCUCGGACUUUCUCCUAGUGAAGGUGAAAAAUGGAUCGUCAACCUCAUCCGCGACACCAAAGUGGACGCCAAGAUCGAUUACCAGGCUGGAACGGUAGUCAUGAACCACCCCCCACAGAGUGUGUACCAACAGGUCAUUGAGAAGACAAAGGGUGCAUUCUUCCGCACACAGGUGUUGAGCGCCGCCGUGGCGAAGUGA